AUGGCGGCGCGGCCGUCGGCGGCCGCGGGCCCGGUGGGCAGGGACGGAGAGGCGGCGCUGCUCGUGGAGAGGACUCACUACCGACACGACCCGCGCUGGCUGCUGCCCGUGUCCCCGCACGUGUGCCUGGCCUGCGCCCUGGAGCUGCUGCCGGAGCCCGGCGUGUCGUUGGUACGCAAGAAGCACGUGUUGUUCUGCUUUCGAGAUGCCCUUGUGAGGCACACCUCCUUGGUCACACAGCUGGUGGCGCAGGACCAGAGAGUCUGCAUCUACUUCAUAAGCAUGCUUUUUGGGCUGUUAUGCAGUGUGGAAGAUAGGAGCAUAACAGAUCUUUGUAUUGAAGUCCUUGUCCAGCUCACCACGGAGCUGAAGCUGGAACCGGUCAUCCAUUGCCUGCUGGAUGCAUCCCACAAAGAGCUGUGCAACAUGACUUCCAUGCGAGACAGCCUGGCCACCAUGACUUUUCUUGGCAAGUUGGUAGACGCCAUCCCUGGUCUGGCAGAUGAACUUGUAAUGGAGCAUGGCAAGCUGAUGGAGCAUCUGUUAAGAGGAUUGGUAUAUCCCAACGAAGGAGUGCAAGCUGCCAUCUGCUACCUCUAUGGAAAGCUGUACUCCUCACCAAUGGCAGCUGAGAUGCUUUCAGGCCAUUUCAGGGAGAAACUGUGUCCUCUCUUCCUUUCUACCUUGGACAGUGCCCAGACAAAGGAGCUGCAGAUCAACUGCCUGGGUUUACUGAGGCAGCUGUUGAAGUAUGAUCUCUUUGUGUCCCUGAUCGUGAGCAAGUCUGUGCUGAUAGAGAGUGCUGAAAGUUUUGAGGGACCAUCAGGAGAGACCUCACUGCCUUUGGUUCUGAAAAAGCUUCUCCUCUCCAGAGAUGAGAUUCUACAGGUGGCCAGUGCCCAGUGCAUAACUGCAGUGCUAGUCCACUCCCCAGCAAAACACGCCCCCGCCUUCAUCCAUGCUGACAUCCCAGAAUUCCUCUUUGAGCAUCUGUCCUCUCCCUGUGAAGUGCUUGUCUGGUCUAGCUACAACUGCUUGAUACUCCUGGCAGAAGAACCACUCUUCUUUUCCAAGUGCCACACAGUGUAUGGGAUCGAGGCGGUGGUCAGGAGCCUCCAUGGAAGCUUGAAGAUGACCAACACAGAGCUGCAGAAGCAGGGCCUGAUGCUCUUUGCCGAGAUUCUGACUCGGCAACCAGAAGAGAUCAGGCUGUUCACAAGUUCAGCUAUGUGCACAGAUGCCAGCCGCGCCCUCCAAGAGGCAGUGAGCAGUCCUGUACUGGACGUGGCUGCUGAAGCAGUUAGGGCAAUUUCUGCCUUCCUGAGGAAGGACCAUCAGAGCUCUCCACCUGUGCAGUACAAGGCCCUGCAGGCCCUGCUGGAAGCCAUGCUGAAUCGAUGUGUGGAAUUUUCCCAGACCCCACUGAAUAGGAGGUCCCUGGGCCACACCUGCAAUAGAAAUUCACGGAGGGCCAUUCUUCAUAGGGGAAAGUUCCUCUUGAGCACUCUGGAGGGAUUUAGAAAUGCCUGUAGGUUGGCCGUGGAAUUCCUGGGGGAGCCUUCUGCCCAGGAGAAUCCCUUCACAGCUCCAAGUGCCAAGAAGGAAGACACCUUGGAGGCCUUCUCAGAAUUUCUCCUCAGUGCCUGUGACUCCCUGUGUAUCCCCAUGGUGAUGAGGCACUCAGAGCAGGCCACCCAGCCAGACUUGAUGGAGGUUUUUCUGUCCAUUCUACAUAGCCUCUUUGUCGUGGUUCCCCACAUGAAGGUGAAGUUCUCCAAGAAGCUCGCGGACUCAUCCUUCAUACGACUGACUCUGGAGUUGAAGGCCAGGUUCUGCAAUGGCCAAAGUCACUCAACCCUAAAUCAAGUGUGUUCCAGUUUUCUCUACCACGUAUGCCUCAAUCUCCUCUCAGCUCCAGAGAAGACGGAACCGCCCUCCCAAGAAGAACUUUCUCAAGUAUCUGAGUUCCUAGAGCAUGGGCUGCUCCAAAUAAGUAGCAGGAACCCUGAAAGCCUCGCCUUGCUGUCAGAUCGCCAGCACGUGGAGGUAUCUGUGCGCCGGAGGCAGUACUGCAUCCUGCUGCUCUUCUACGUGGCUCAUCUGCACGAGGACAGGUUUGUCCCUGAAGCAGAAUUAUUUGUGGCUGUGCAAAGCUUCCUCCUGUCUCUGCAGGACCAGGGCGAAUGCCCUCCACUGGUGGUCUGCAGAGCCUCUGUCUAUCUGCUGGCAAUGUGCCAAGACAAGGAUAGUAUGCUGGAUAAGGUUGUGGUCAGCGCAAUCAGAAAACUCCUAGAGGGCAUCUCGGACUUGCACCUGGUCUAUACUCACCACCCACUCCUGCUCAGGUUCUUUCUGGUGUACCCCGAGCUGAUGAGUAGGUUUGGGCACUCUGUCCUGGAACUUUGGUUUUCUUGGGAAGAGAUCAGCUCUGAGGAACUGGAUGAUGACCCAAUUCCUGGGAAUCCCAUCCUUUCCGCCAACUUAGCAGCCCUGUUCCAGGUGCUCAGAAGCAGCCUCAGCAUCCUGCUCAUCUUAUUGGACCUCAUCUGUUCCAGUCCAGUGGACAUAGCCCGAAAGGUGCUGGUUGUCUUAAGGAUCUUCCUGAGGAAGAAUGAAGACAUCCAAGUGGGAGGUCUCAUCCGAGGCCACUUCUUGCUCAUCCUGCAGCACCUGCUGGUGGAUCAUGGGGCCUCUCCCUCACGAGCCUCAAGGAACCUGCCGCUGCUGCUGAGUCUCCUCUCCUGGGUGCAGCUGAGGAACGAGGCUGAGCAAGAACUGGACAGCAUGGCCAUAAAGCUGCUCCACCAAGUGAGCAAGCUGUGUGGGAAGUGCGACCCCACUGAUGUGGACAUCCUACAGCCUUCCUUCAACUUCCUGUAUGGGAGCCUUCAUGGGACCACACUUGGCAGUCAGAAAAGAGCUGCUGCUGUACUGCUGAGCAGCACUGACCUGAUAGAGCUUCUGGAGAAGACGCUGGCCCUCACCUGGACGGACGCAGCACUUCCCAGGACUUCACUGCUGUGUUCUGCCUGGCUGCUCACUGCCUCCUUCUCUGCCCAGCAGCAUAAGGGCAACUUGCAGGUCCACCAGACACUGUCCGUGGAACUGGACCAGGUACUGAAGGCUCUCAGCUUUCCAAAGAAAAAGACUGCUCUGCUGUCAGCUGCCAUUUUAUGCUUCCUGCGGACAGCCCUGCAACAAAGCUUCUCCUCUGCCUUGGUGGCCCUCAUGCCCUCAUCGGCUCAACCUCUGUCAGCCCCUGAGGACAAUGCCCUGGCUCCACUGGGAACAUCGCAGGUUCUGUCGCUGCUCAUUGGUCUACAGAACCUCCUGGUCCAGAAGGACCCUUUAUUGUCCCAAGCCUGUGUUGGCUGCCUGGAGGCCUUGCUUGACUACCUGCAUUCCAGGAGCCCAGACAUUGCACUCCAUGUGGCCUCCCAGCCUUGGAAUCGGUUUUUGCUGUUCACUCUCUUGGAUGCUGAAGAGAAUUCCUUCCUCAGACCUGAGAUACUAAGACUUAUGGCCCUGUUUGUGCAGUACCGGAGCAGCAGUGUCCUCUCUCGUGAAGAGGUGGGUCUUGUUCUGCAAGGCGCAGCUUUGACUGACCUGUCUACCCUCUCGAACGCCACAUUGCGGGCUCUGCAUGGCUUCUUCCUGCAGGUUCAGAACAUGGGAUUCCUGGCUGACCACAGCAUAGCACAGACCCUGCAGGCCUCCUUGGAGGACCUCUGCCCCAGCACCUUCUCCAGUCAGCCAUGUCUUCAAGACAUGAUCUGUCUGGGAGGUGUGUCCGUGUCUCUGUCCCACAUCAGAAAUUGAAUCUCGGAACUUACAAGACUUGUAGACGAACUCCGCACAUAAUUGUUGGGG